GAGAGAAGAGAGGAAGUACAAAUAAAAUUGGGCAACCUUCGCUUCUAUAUUGAUCAGACCAACAGAAGUGGAAGGAACAAAGUGACCGAGAGAGUUCUCCGGCAGUUUAGUUGCUUUUCUUCAUCAUGAUCAAACUCAGAAUGAAGAUCCACCACAUCCUGUUCUUCUGCUUCGUCUCAGCUCUGUGUGGGGGAAACGCGGGGCUCGUCGAUGCAGAUACUAUCACAAAAACUGAAGGACAAAGCGCCAUAAUUAAUUGCCAGGUUUCUUUUCCUGGAAAGCAGAAGUUCUUCUGUAAAGCAGAAUGUAAAAGAGAAGAUGUUCUCAUUGCAACGACUGCUAACUCAGCUGACAACCACAAAUACAGCAUUGAAUAUCAAGAAACAAGUGUGACUUCAGGAGUGCUGUAUGUGGUCAUCAGACAGCUGGUCAAGUCUGACACAGGAUGGUACGGCUGUGGUACCAACAGUGGUGUUAUAAAUAAACAUGUGGUGUACCUCAACGUUGUUAAAGAUGCUGUGGCCACCACCUCCACCUCCACCGGCUCCACACCUGAAACGCCACCUGGAUCCCUAGAACAAGGUUACUUCAUCUUGAUUCUGAUGGUUUGUGCGUCUGUGUUUGCUUUGCUGUUGGUUGUUGUUCUGCUGCUGCUGCUCUACAAACUGAAGAUGAAGAGGAGCUCUGCUGAUUUGAACACGAGAGGAAACCCAAACGCCGGAGACAAAAAGAUUUCCACAGAUGAGACAUGUCCUCCAGUCUCCACAUGUGAAGACUCCGUCUACCAGAGCCUUGAUUUAGCCAGCAGGGAUCAGGCCCAGAUCUACAGUACACUCACAUGCACUCCGCACACAUACUGUAAUAAACCGUUACAGUAGGGAACGCUCCAACAUCCAGUCCCUAAAAAGCCAUUUGUUCACUGUAGAUGGCCGAGUUUCAUCCAGAACUGGGCCUUCUGCCUCCUUCUUUUACCACUGGUCACUAGUUUUACAGCCUUGUCAUAUUUACAGUGAUGUCUCCCAGUGGAACUACAGUAAGUGACCAACAGUGCCUUUCAGAGUUUAGGAGAAUUGCUUAUGAAAUGUUUUAAUGCACAGAGCAACACCCAGCAUGGACCUGAAGAGACACCAGGUUGUGGUGUGCCGGGGUGGGGGGAGCCCAACUCAAAAUAAAACUGUAAACACUGUUUCACAGCAUUUUACAAACAAAACAAAAAUCAAGCUACUAAUAAAAAAGCUCUUGUCCUGUUCAGUACAGACGCUAUCUAGAGUGUUAAAGGUAGGUGUGAUACGUUAGUGGUGUUGAAAACCUUCUGUCCGGAUCCUUCCGAGGAAGGCGGAGCCUCCGCUCGGCACCACAGGCCACACCUGAGCCAAUCAGAAGCCUGCUCACACCUUUGUUUCCUGUGUUUGCUGCGCCAUGCUGUCUGGGCGCUGCAGCCGUUUCUACUGUCCACUAAAUGCUGCACGCUUUAGGCUGUUUGUGUAGUUUGUGCAUAGUUUUGUGUAUCUUAAUAGUAGCAGCUGUUUCCUUGUAAAUGUAAUAUUUGAUGAAUUAAAGUGAAGUAAAGAUAUUUUAUGAGUGACUGUGAAGAGAAACACAAAGUGCCCUCCUGUCCUGACUGGUUUGCCACUGCACAGGCUCAUGCAGUGAACUCAUUGAUCUAAAAGGGGUUUUACUUCAAGUUGUGUGUGGUUUUCAGGGGACUGUUUUCAGCAGCGGAUGAAUCCAUCCUCCUCCGUUACCCCACGGAUGACCUCCUAAUUCCCCGAG